AUGGAUUCGUCUAAGAAAGUAUCAGAAACUAUAGAGCGGAUGGAGAAGAUCUUAGAAAGAAUGAGAACGCCAACCAGUGACUGUGGUCAGACAAAUGCGGCAAGCCAAGAGUCUGGAUAUGAAACACACAGUACUGAUAAUACCGGUAUGUCAGGAGAUGUGUCAUUUGACGAGUACGGCGCACGGUCUAAAGUUAGAUUUCCAGACGAAGGCAAACCAAGCUACACACCAAAUGCUGGGGUUGACGAAGUUGUGACGGGCCAUCUAUUUGACACACCAAAACCACAGUGGAUUGAAGACUAUGUCUUGUAUAAAAGAGUCACAAGUCAAAGUGUUCCCCUUGGUGGGCAGGCGAAUCCGAAAGGAGAAAAUAUUAUAUCAACUUUACCAAAUUCUACUUUUUAUAGUCAAGGAGUUCCCUUUGGUGGGCACUUGAAUCCGAAAGGAGAAAAUAUUAUAUCUACUUUACCAAAUACUACUUUUAAUAGUCAAGGAGUUCCCUUUGGUGGGCACGUGAAUCCGAAAGGAGAAAAUAUUAUAUCUACUUUACCAAAUACUACUUUUAAUAGUCUUGGAGUUCCCUUUGGUGGGUACGCGGAUCCGAAAGGAGAAAAUAAUAUAUCGACUUUACCCAAUACUACUUUUAAUAAUCAUGGCGUUCCCCUUGGUGGGUAUGCGAAUCCGAAAGGAGAAAAUAUUAAAUCUACUUUACCAAAUACUACUUUUAAUAAUCAUGGCGUUCCCCUUGGUGGGUAUGCGAAUCCGAAAGGAGAAAAUAUUAAAUCUACUUUACCAAAUACUACUUUUAAUAAUCAUGGAGUUCCCUUUGAUGAAAAUCCAAAAGGAGAAAAUAUUUUAUCAACUUUACCAAAUACUACUUCUAAUAAUCAUAGUGUUCCCUUUAAUGGGUACGAGAAUCCGAAAGAACAAAAAUGUAUAGCCACAUUACCAAGAACUACUUUUAAUAUUCAAGGUGUUCCCUUAGAUGGAUCUGAGAAUCCAAAAGGACAAAAAUUUAAAUCAACUUUACCAAGUACUACUUUAAAUAGUAAGAAUAUUUAUUAUUUAUAUGUUAUGAUGUUAAAGAUGAAUUUGGACAAAUAA